AAUGAUAUUAUAGUUAUACGUGGCCGCCGCCAUGUUGGUCGGAUGAGUUGGAAGUCCACGCCGAUGACAGAAGUUUAGUCGACUUGCAACAUAUCUAAACUGACUUGAAGCGUUAUACUGCGAAAAAACAGAUAUCAUAAUGGUGCUUUUGGCAGCUGCUGUCUGUAACAAGACAGGCAAGGCCAUAAUCUCCCGUCAGUUUGUGGAGAUGACCAGGUCCAGGAUCGAGGGUCUGCUGGCAGCCUUCCCCAAACUGAUGAAUACAGGGAAACAGCACACCUUUGUGGAGACGGAGAGUGUGCGCUACGUGUACCAGCCCCUGGAGAAACUGUACAUGCUGCUUAUCACCACUAAGGCCAGCAAUAUCCUAGAGGAUCUAGAGACCUUGAGAUUAUUUGCCAGAGUUAUCCCAGAGUACUGCCGAGCCAUGGAGGAGUCAGAGAUAGUUGACCAAGCAUUCCCACUGAUCUUUGCCUUUGAUGAGAUAGUGGCACUGGGAUACAGAGAGAGCGUCAACCUCGCCCAGAUCAGGACCUUUACUGAGAUGGACUCACAUGAAGAGAAGGUGUUCCAGGCUGUCAGACAGACACAAGAAAGAGAAGCCAAGGAACAGAUGCGUAAGAGAGCAAAAGAACUCCAACAACAGAAGAGGGAGAAUACCAAGCGCGGCGGACCAGCAUAUAAAGGGAUUGGAAGCAGCGACUUCCGCUCCAGCUCAUCUGUCAUGGAGACGGCACUUCCAGAACCAACCAAACCUGCCUAUACUCCUCCAGCUCGUCCCUCUGGUACUGGUAAAGCCAUGAAGCUAGGCAGUAAGACUAAAGAUGUGGACAUGUUUGUAGAUCAGCUGAAGUCUGAGGGACAAAAUGUGGUGAGCACUAGUUCAGGUAAACCCUCAGCAGUGUCCAGGGCAGCAGUGCCAGAGGUCAACCAGGAGAGUGUAAACAUCAACGUGGAAGAGAAGAUCAAUUUGACAGCUGGGCGAGACGGAGGUCUACAGAACAUGGAGGUCCACGGUCUGGUCACACUGCGCGUCACAGACGAGAAAUACGGGAGAAUUAAGAUAGCAGUCAAUAAUAGAGACCAAAGGGGGAUCCAAGUACAGACUCAUCCUAAUGUGGAUAAAAAGCGGUUUGCCUCAGAGUCUUGCAUAGCCCUCAAGAACCCAGAUAAGUCAUUCCCUAUGAAGACGGAUGUGGGUGUUCUUAAAUGGAGGUUCCAGACACAAGAUGAGAGCUGUAUGCCUCUAUCUAUAAAUUGUUGGCCAUCAGAGACCAGUAGUGGGUGUGAUGUGAACAUAGAAUAUACACUGGAGCAAGAAGAUAUGGAACUAAAUGAUGUAGUUAUUACCAUACCACUACCCCAUGGUCAGUCUCCAGUGGUCAGUGAUUGUGACGGAGAGUACAAUUUUGACCGGGCAAAGACUCAACUUGAGUGGUCCAUUCCUGUCAUAGACUCUGGUAACAAGACAGGCAGUAUGGAGUUCAGCAUAGGAGGUCAUCCUGAUGACUUCUUUCCAGUCCACGUCUCAUUUGUUUCCAAGAAAUCUUUUUGUGAUAUAGAGUUAAUUGAUGUUCAAAUGGUGGACGAUGGUACGCCCGUCAAAUUCUCCUCACAAGUUCUCUUCUUUGUGGACAAUUAUGAAAUAGUAUAACAGAUGCAUUCAGUAUGCCUCCUGCCAAACGGAUUAAAUCUAGAACAAACUUUAGUUAAUAGUGUUGGAAUAAUUGAAUUCACACUGCCGUGCUGAGAGGAAAAGGCAACUCUAGAAUACACGACCUUGGAUUAUGAGGAAAAAAAUAAGGAAGGGACAAAAUUUGUGAAGUUUUAUGCAGCAGCAGCAGCUAUUCCAUCUUGUUUUCAUAGCAGUCAUACUAUGUUGGAGUUAGAUAAUGUAAACAUGUGGAAAGAUGUCAAGAAUGGCCAACACAUGCUGAAUUAUUUAAUGUUCACAUCUUCAAGUAUCAUUCAUCACAACUGGCUGUCACUAGAAAUCACUUCAUCAUUAAGAUUACAACUACAGGGUUUUGUUUCCAUAGUGAAGGGAGGGGGGGGGAGUGACAAUUGAAACCAGAUUUUUAAAAAAUUAUAUAGUGACAAUGAAGUUGAAAGGGCUAGAGUCUGGGAGAGAAUGGAUCUUUAGAGUUUAGAAUUACCAAUAUGUCAGUGUAAUGAGCAGUUGCCUGGACUUCUGUGCUCACGUUCUGUGAAGAAAAGAUGUAUGUGUAUUGCCAGGUGGAAUAAUGGAAUUACUGUGGCCAUGAAGUGCAGGAAAACUGAGGAUUUUGAAAGUAAAAGUAAUGUGGGGCAUGUUACAUUUGAUCACAGGAAGAAUAUAAGCCUUGGGUAAAGUGUUGUAACAUACAUAUUACAAAAGGACCUGAUUGCCUUGCACUAAAAUUAUUUAUAUUUAUCUUCUUUGUUUUUGCAUUCAUUUAAAAGUCAAGAAAUUUUAAGACGUGGAGUAUUGGAAACACAAUGAAAAUCAUACUGAAUUUUACUGGUUAAGAAAAAAAAACUUGGUUUGCUGUCAAAUUAUAGUGCAGACAUUGAUAAAUGAUGGACAAGAGACCUUUACGUGAUACGGAGAAAGGAGGCCGGCAAGGUGCAGUCUUGUGUGUUUUGGAGCAAAAUGGUGGAACUUGGUUUAGUUUUUUUGCUGCAUCUUUUCUUUAUGCAUUCAAACUUGUAUAUAAGAUGUAUUUGUAUAUUCCAUAUAUUCUGGGGUUAAGGGUUGGUAUGCCCUGAGAAACUGACAAAGUAAAGGCUAUUGUUAACAAAUCGGUGCAAUUAAAAUGCAUGUACUGUAAACUGUC